AUGUUGCAUCAUGACAAGGACAUUCCGGCCAUACCAGCACGUCCUGACAGCCGCACAAACUGUCCAUUCCAGCCAAGUGAUCCGAUAACGUUCUCUCAUCUGCACCCUCAACCAAGACAAGUUAUCCUAGCCACGGCCGUGGUUCUGGUUAAAGACGCAUCAGGAACAAACAGGCCUGGCAGAGCAUUGCUUGAUGCAUGUUCUCAGGCGCUGAAGUCUUCUACCAUUCGCUCAUCUUGGAAUCUGCCCACCAACACACCUUUGGGAGAUGAAAGAUUCCAUGAAUCUCGUCGCAUCGAUCUUCUAUUAGGCGCUGAAGUCUUCUACCAUUCGCUUGCCGUUGGCCAAAUAAAGCUCGUACCUCCCUUGCUAAUACUCCAAAAAACAUUGUUCGGCUGGGUAAUCGCCGGCCGAUGUCAACAACAACAGCAGCAGCAAGUUUCACAAUGUUUUAUGUCAAGCACAGUCUCAAUUGAUAACCACUUGCAGAAGCUUUGGGAGCUAGAAGCCGUCGCUGUCUCACCUGAGAGUCUACAUCCUCAUCAGCAAAUCUGUGAGGCGCUCUAUACAAACACUACAGUUCAGGACUCCCACGGUCGCAUUAUAGUCAACUUUCCCUUUAAGGAUGAUCCCUCUCGCCAUGGAAACUCCGUUGAAGUGGCUCGUCGACGAUUCUACGCAAUGGAACACGCAAGCAUAUCAGGUCACAUGUCAUUGGUGAUCAAUCCAGCCCUUCACGAGUCGCAUUAUUAUAUAACCCACCACUGCGUCUUGAAGCCCUCGAGCACGUCAACCAAAUUGCGAGUGGUUUUCGAUGCCUCGUGCACAACAACUUCGCAACUGUCGCUUAAUGACCUACUGCUUGUGGGUCCCACUGUGCAAGCGGAUCUUUAUCUGCAGCUUCUCAAAUUCAGACUGUUUCAAUAUGCCAUGACAGCUGACGUGACAAAGAUGUACAGGAAAGUCCUCGUUGAUCCAAGCUUUCGAAAAUAUCAAUACAUCUUUUGGAGAGAUUCCCCAGACGCAGAACUGCAGACGUUCCAGCUAAAUACCGUCACUUACCGAACCGCCGCUGCGCCAUAUCUAGCAGUGCGCAGUUUAUACUACUUGGCUUACAAGUACAAGGAGGAAUUCCGGACCGGCGCAUCGGUUAUCAAAUCUUCAUUUUACCUGGACGAUCUGCUUUGCGGAGCAGACGACAUACACACCUUGCAACUCAUCAAACAAGAAUUCAUCGAAGUUCUUCAAGAGGGGAACUUUCCGUUGGCCUAG